CAGAGCCAGGGCAGGAGUGUAGCCAUGAGCCCUCUGCUAUUCUACACCCUGCCUGCACUGGGCGGCUACGUCAUGCUCUCCAUCUUCUUCCUGCGCCGGCCUCGUUUACUGCACACACCAUUGACUCCAGCUUUCCGGGCCCGCCUGGCAGCCCACCGAGGAGGGUCUGGAGAGCUGCUGGAGAACACUAUGGAGGCCAUGGAGAACUCUAUGGCCCAGCGAGCCGACCUCCUGGAACUGGACUGCCAGCUGACACGAGAUGGUGUAGUGGUAGUGUCACACGAUGAGAACCUGUCCCGCCAGUCAGGCUUGAACAGGAAUAUAGGAAGCCUGAACUUUGAGGAGCUUCCCCUGUACAAGGAGGAGCUAGAGAUUUACUUCUCACCAGGUGAGAGCAGGGGCUGUGAGCCCUGGAUCAGCUGGGGCCACCUUCCAAGGCCUCCCUUGGGUUCCCCCAUCUACCCCUCCAGUCCUUCUCUGACUCCUUGUCGCACAUUCCUAUUCCCAGGCCACUUUGCCCAUGGGUCAGACCGGCACAUGGUUCGCCUGGAGGAUGUAUUCCAGAGGUUCCCACGGACACCUAUGAGUGUGGAGAUCAAAGAGAAGAACGAGGAACUCAUUCAGAAGGUAGCCAGCCUGGUGAGACGUUUUGACCGCAACAAGAUCACUAUCUGGGCCUCUGAGAAGAGCUCAAUCAUGCGGAAGUGCAAGGCUGCUAACCCAGAGAUGCCAGUGUCCUUCACGAUAGGCCGCACGGUCUGGAUGCUGCUGCUCUAUUACCUGGGGCUGCUGCCCUUCAUCUCCAUCUCUGAGAAGUUCUUCCUUUGCUUCCUGCCCACUAUCAUCAACAGGACCUACUUCCCAUUUUCCAGCCCUGGGAUGAACAAGCUGGCAGCUGUGUUUUCAAAAUGGGUCAUUAUGAGGAAAAGUUUGAUCCGACACCUGGAGGAGCGAGGGGUACAGGGCUUGGUGAGCUACUUGAAGAUGGAGACACAUAGGACCUAUUGUCCUGAUCCCUGAGGGGGGAAACCAGGCCCAGCCCACCCUGUCCCACAGUCCUGAGCACUGACUUUGAAAGCAAACCUCCCUGAGAAUAUUCCAGGCACAGUAGCAUGGGGACUUACCAUUACCAGCAAGGUAAGAAAUGAAGUGGGCAGUGGCCUGCCUAUGCCAGAUCAGAUACUGUAGAAAGGAAACAGAGUGGGCUGGUGGAGUGGCUCAAGUGGUAGAGCACCUGCCUAGCAAGCACAGGCCCUGAGUUCAAAUCCCAGUACCACCAAAAGAAUAAAAAGAAAGAAACAGCACUAUGAGCUUUAGAGUCUGGAAGCGGUGAACUGGGAGCAGCCCUGGGAGGGACGGGAGGAAGAACAUCUCAGGCAGGGUCUCCAAGGGUGGGGAGGCUGGAGGAGCAAAAGAGCAGGAGUCAGAGGAAUAGAAUGGCCCAGGCCAAGCCUGGAGGAAGUGGCCCAGGGCAGCAGAGGCUCAGGCAGGCAGUCCCACUGACCUCAGAAAGGAGGCUGGACUUUGACCCACAGGAAGGGAAGUUUUUGAGAGCCUUGGAGAGGGGAGACUGAUCCAGCUGAGUCUGUUGACUGAGGGUCACUUGGGCUACCAAGUGAAGAAGAAAGUGGUGUGUGUGGGGUCACAUGGAAGCAGAAUGUCAAGACUCAGGCUUAGGUGGCAGCAGUGAAAGACGGAAGGGUUAACUCAGAGAGUCUAGGCCUUGGCUACUCCUUGGACAAGGGGUGAGUGAGGCCCAUCAGCCCUCUCACAGCUUGGAUCUUCACAACUUUGUGAGGUUGGCCUAUCACCCUCAUCUGUCAGUCUAAGAAAUCAAGAGGUCCAGCAACUUGCCUGGAAUAAAAUUCCAUCUUCACCUGCCUUUGUGCAGAAAAGAAGUCGGGAAUGCCCAGAGCAGCAGGGCAUGGGUUCCCUGGGAGGAAGAACAAAUGCCCUGAUUUGACCAUUACUUUCCCUGGAUUAAGUAAUCCCUCCUUUACUGAUUUCAGGUUGCCAACAUGGGGUCUCUAAGUACAGAAUGUGGAAGACAGGGUAGCACCGCAGUCAUUACACAAGACUCUCAUCUUACGGGUUCAACAGACACAGUGAGCCUGAGGAGAACAGAAAAUAGUAAAAUGUAAUGAAAUAAUUAGGAAGUGAUAGGUUUUGAGUAUUGCCUCUGUUUUUAAUGUAAUUAGUUUAAUCGUAAGUUUAUACAGUUUAACUUUUAGUAAUAACUGUGUUUGAUAACCAGUUUGCAAAAUUCCUGAAAAGUUAACAAUCAGCUUCCAGCAUACCACUGCAGUAGGGGGUGUCUCCACAGAGGAGGGGAGCUGCCACCAGCUGGGUGUUAGGGAAAGUUCCAGGCAGAGCUGUUUGGAAACUAACAAGUCCCGCCCUCCCUGCUUAGGUGGUAUUUUGGUGCCUUAAUGAAGAGUCUGAUUUUGAAGUGGCUUUGAGCCUAGGGGCCACCGGCGUCAUGACGGAUUACCCCACAGCCCUGAGGCAAUAC